UGAAGACCCCUGGCUCCUCCCCGGUUGUCCUCUUUUCCCCUCGGGCUUGGUCCCAGCUGGCCCCUGAGAGUUGCCCCCCGUCUUGCUCCCCCCCACCUCCUCCCACUAGCGAUGGAAAGUUUGGGGCGGGCUCCAGCUAUGGCUGGUGCGUGAUAUCGGAUUUCCCCACGGUACCCCCCCUUUCCUCCGCCCCCAGUACUUCCCGGGGCGCUGAGCCCGCGAGUGAGUAGAGUGGAUAGGACACAGGCUUUCUCCCCCAGACUCCCGAGUCCCUGAUUCUGGAGACGAUCUUUUGCUUGCUACGACUCAGAACCCAAAGAGAGUAGGGCUUCGGGUGCAGAGCCAAGGGCCAGGGGGCAGGCACCAUGGGCCCAUGCUUGGGCAUCUGGCUGGUGGCAUCGGCACUGCUGGGCCUGGGCUCUGGGGACAAUGCCUGGUGGAACCCUGUGCCCAGGAAGACCGUGUCUUAUGGGGAGUUGGCAUCUGUGGUGAGGCGGUUCUCUCAAGUGGGCAUCCAAGACUUUCUAACGUUGACAUUGGCUGAGAGCAAUGGGGUCCUCUACGUGGGGGCCCGAGAAGCCCUUUUUGCCCUCAGCUUGGAGACCUUGGAGCUGCAGUCAGCGAUCACAUGGGAGGCUACAGUGGAGAAGAAGGCUGAAUGUAUCCAGAAGGGGAAGAGCAACCAGACGGAGUGUUUCAACUUCAUCCGCUUCCUGCAGCCAUACAACUCUUCACAUUUGUAUACCUGUGGUACCUAUGCUUUUCAGCCAAAGUGCACCUACAUUGAUGUACUCACCUUCUCUCUGGAGCAUGGGGAGCUUGAAGAUGGGAAGGGCAAAUGUCCCUAUGACCCAGCCAAAGGCCACACUGGCCUCAUUGUGGAUGGUGAGCUAUAUUCAGCAACACUCAACAACUUUCUGGGUACAGAACCAGUAAUUCUGCGCAACCUGGGGCCUCACUAUUCCAUGAAGAAUGAGUACCUUUACUCUUGGCUCAAUGAACCCCAUUUUGUUGGCUCUGCUUAUGUGCCAGAGAGCGUGGGGAGCCUCACAGGUGAUGAUGACAAGAUCUACUUCUUCUUCAGCGAGCGGGCCGUGGAAUACAACUGCUAUGCAGAGCAGGUGGUGGCCCGUGUGGCUCGAGUGUGCAAGGGAGAUAUGGGAGGUGCACGGACGCUGCAGAGGAAAUGGACCACGUUCUUGAAGGCCCGGCUGGUAUGUGCUGCUCCUGAUCGGCAGCUCUACUUCAAUCAGCUUCAGGCCCUACACACCCUGCGAGAAGCAAAUUGGCUCAACACAACCUUCUUUGGGGUCUUUCGGGCCCGAUGGGGAGAUGUGGACCUGUCAGCUGUGUGCCAGUACCAACUAGAAGACAUUCAGCGAGUGUUUGAGGGGCCCUACAAAGAGUAUCAGCAACAAGCCCAGAAAUGGGGUCCUUAUACUGACCCAGUCCCUAGUCCUCGGCCUGGCUCUUGCAUCAACAACUGGCACCGACGUCAUGGCUACACCAGUUCUCUGGAGUUGCCUGAUAACACCCUUAACUUUGCCAAGAAACACCCCCUGAUGGAGGGACAGGUGGGACCUCGGUGGGGUCGACCCCUGCUGGUGAAGAAGGAUACCAAUUUCACUCACCUGGUGGCCGAUCAAGUGAAAGGGCUUGAUGAUGUGACCUAUUAUGUGCUGUUCAUUGGGACAGAGGAUGGCUGGCUCUACAAGGCUGUGAACUUGGGUGCUUGGGUCCAUGUGAUUGAGGAGCUACAGGUGUUUGAUAAGGAACCAGUAGAGAGCCUUGUCCUGUCCUAUGAUAAGAAGCUGCUCUUUGCUGGUUCACGAUCACAGCUGGUUCAACUUCCCCUAGCUGACUGCAGCAAGUACAGAUCCUGUGCUGACUGCAUCCUUUCCCGUGAUCCUUACUGUGUUUGGAGCACCAACACCAGUCGAUGUGUGCCGCUUCGUGGUCACCUUAAAUCUCCAUUUGUCCAGGAUGUGGUGAAUUCAAACACAGGCCUUUGCAACCUUCGACCUAGCAAGAAAGUUAAAAUCACUCCCAAGAACAUCACUGUUGUGUCAGGAACAGAUUUAGUGCUCCCAUGUCGCCUCUCCUCCAACCUAGCACAUGCUCGUUGGACUUUUGGGGGCCGAGAACUGCCAGCUGAGCAGCCCGGGUCACUCCUCUAUGAUGUCCGACUGCAGGCCCUGGUGGUAUUGGCAGCCCAGCCCCGCCACGCUGGUGCCUAUCAUUGUUUCUCUGAGGAGCAGGGAGCACGGCUGGCUGCUGAGGGCUACCUGGUGGCAGUAGUAGCUGGUCCAUCAGUGACACUGGAAGCCCGAGCCCCCUUGGAGAAUCUGGGGUUGGUAUGGCUUGCAGUAGUGGCCCUAGGGGCCUUGUGCUUAGUAUUGUUGCUUCUAGUGUUAUCACUUCGACGCAGAUUGCGUGAAGAAUUAGAGAAAGGGGCUAAAGCAGCUGAGAGAACCCUAGUGUACCCACUGGAGUUGCCCAAGGAGCCCACCAGCCCCCCGUUCCGGCCUGGUACUGACACUGACGAGAAACUCUGGGACCCCGUUGGUUAUUACUACUCAGAUGGCUCACUAAAGAUUGUACCUGGCCAUGCCCGCUGUCAGCCUGGUGGAGGACCCCCUUCACCGCCUCCUGGAAUCCCAGGCCAGCCCCUGCCUUCUCCGACCCGACUUCACUUAGGGGGUGGACGCAGCUCAAAUGCCAAUGGUUAUGUGAGACUACAGCUAGGCGGAGAUGAUCGGGCAGGGCCUGUGCAUCCUUUGCCUGAGUUAGCAGAUGAACUGAGGCGAAAACUGCAGCAGCGUCAGCCACUGCCUGACUCAAACCCUGAAGAGUCAUCUGUAUGAGAGGAGCCCCCCCAAAACGGGGGGGGGGUGUGCAGCUCCGACUUUUGCACAGGCACCAGCUACCUCAGGGACAUGGCUGUAGGCACCCUGCUCUGCCGGGGAUAGACAGGGAAUUGCCCUGUCUAGGUUGGCUCCUACCCAGCAACCUGUUCUGCCAUGGGGACCUGCCCUGCUCAUCGUGGGCUCUGCCAUGUGGGUUUGCUCUGUACUGGGCUUUUGCCUUCUGGUCACCAACCCCACAAAUGGCCUCUUCUUCCUUACAUAGAGAGGAGGCCAAGGAUCCUGCAGACAGACCUUUGGCCCCAGCAGCCAAAAUCUUUUGAAGACAGAAAUUUUCCAGGUGUGUGUGUGUGUGUGUGUGUGUGUGUGUGUGUGUGUGUGUGCAUGUGUGUAUGUGCAUAUGUGGGUGUAUGUUUGUAUGUAAUGUGACUUUCCUGUUUCUGUCUAGUCUUCCCUGGCCUGGGGUCCUCCUAAGGCUUCUUCCUGGACCUAUGAAGGGGAAGAGGCCUGGGGUUGUACCACUCUGCCUUCUUUGCCCCCACCUGCCCAGAGGCCUGUGAUGGUAUAUAACCCCUUCUCAAGGGAAUGGGGAAUAGUGGGGCAGAGAUGUACAUAUGGGAGUGGGGAAGGGAGGUAGGGUUGUACCCCCUUUUGAAAGUAAAUGCUCAGGGGUGGGCCUGGGCCUAUUCUUAGGGCUGUGAAUGUUUUAAGAGUCAGGGGAGGGAGGUGGGGCCCUUUUGGGGGUGUGGGGAGGGGUUCCUACUUGGCCUUCUAGGGCUCAGUGGUAUUUUAUACUUGUGGGGAGGGGGUGGGGAAGGAGGGGGAUUGUAGCUUCUCAGCACAGCCUCUCCCAGCAGGAGGAAUAGGGGUCCUGACAGUGUAAUUUAUUGUGUCCCUGCAUAUUUAUUUGUUGUAAAUAUUUGAAUAUUUUUAUAUUGCAAAAUAAAAGAGAAAAUAAUCCUAA